UGGUCCUGAUUGUACCAUCCCAUAGUUGUAAUGGCGGCCAUUGCACGAGCCGUGGAGGGUCCUCAUCGCCUUCCUGCCCCCGUCCUGCUGCAAUGAAGCCUCGUCUCGCGGGCCGAGUCAAGUCCAUCCGCCAACAGCAAGCCCGGGGUCUGAACGACCUACCAUCGGACCAACACCACCCGUCUCAGUCGCCGGAAUCCACCAUUGACGCGACUGAUCGCUCCACAUUUUGGCCAACCUCCAACACCGCUGUAGUAUGAUGUCGAAGGUAGCGGAGGAAGUGUACAGCGAAGUGCGGGCCACCGCACGGACUCGAACGCCGAGGGAUCCCGAGACAGGCAGGCUUCGUUCCCGACCGAUUGUCGACAUCAACGCCUUGAAGUCCACCUUUCAGAAGGACAGCGACAGGCCUCUGGCCCAGAGGAGCCGAGAACCCGCCAUACAACGGUCACGAAGUGCAGAGAGAUAUGGGGAGGGCAAGUAUCAAGUUGGGACCAACAUUUCCAAACUCAAGUCUAUUUUCAGUCCACAUGGGGGAGGGAUCGAGGAAAGGGAAAACAGUGAGCCAAACAAGCUAAAUGCCGCGAGCACAAACGCUCAGCAGGCUGGGAACAAGGCAGACACAAGUGCCUCAACAAAAAACAGCAGCAGCAGCAGUAGUAGUGGAAACAGUGCCGCACAACCCAAUUCCACAGUUGAGUCUAGUAAGCCGCCGCAAAAACGAACCUACAGGAACCGAGAGGAUGCCAAGAAAAACAUAGAAAGACGGCUGAGUAGAGAGAUGGAUAGAUAUGAGACCGUGUCGCACGCAGCCAGGUUUUCGGAAACGCGGAAACUCUUUGAGAGUUUGGAAAAGAAGGCCACGGCCGACAGAAAGGUGCCGACGAACCGUUUUCGCUCAGCGAGCACGGAUCGGCUGGAGAAAAGGUUUUCGGGCGAGAUUUUGCAAGACGGGGACGCCAACGUCCCGAGAUCUGUAAGGGAGUCCAGGUAUCGGAAAACGUCCGAAUCGGACAAGCGAGAAAACGGGGUCACCUCCAAGUGGGACUCUAGGAUACGUAGCAGUAGCGCCGAUUCUUUAGACAGCUUAGACGAUCCUCCUAGAGAGAAACCAGUUCACAUCAUUGAUAGGACCCCAGACGUCAGCCCAGGCCCAAUAUCCAGAAGGUUAUCAGGAUAUUCCGAUAAUUUUGACAGGUCAGAGCUAAAAUCGCCACCGAUGUCGCCCACAAGGAAAGUGUCGCCCAAAGUGAACGUAGCCGACUUGCGAGACUUGAUAGCGAAGGAGGAUGAAGCGAAGAAACGAAGGCUGUCGGGAUGUUUUGACAAAGAGGAUACAGAGGAAAUAACAGGUUUGAGACACUGGGAACAGAACAAUACUCCCAAAACAAGGGUGCACGUGUCUCACGAUCAAGAAGAGAGUCUGUCACCUAAAGCAAAGAAGACCUCCCGGGACAGAGAGGACAGCUUCUCUCCCAUAGCAAAGGAGAGAACCACAGAACCAAGGCAAGAGCAGGAAGAAAAUGUACCAAAGCCAAGGUACGGGAGGACUCUUAACGGUGAUAUCAAAGAUUCGGAGGGUGUUUUACAUAAUGAGACAGCGUCAGAGUGGAUCGGUAGCCGGCAAGGUACGAAGGCACCUGCAGAUUCUGUCUACGGGAAAGAACGGGAAGAGGAAAUGAUGUCGCCAGGUGAGGAAGACGACAUCUUGCUACACGCCGAGUUGGUCACCGUGGAUCAAAACGAGGUCGGAGUGGACGCGGAGGAGCCAGCCGAGGGAGAGACGGCGCCAAACUUCGAGCAGGAUUCCCCGGAGCCUUACGAAGAAGCCGCCACCAGGCGCCUACUUUUCGCGUCGAACACCGAGUCCCUGGCAGACACCUUGCUGAAGGAAGGAGCGCCCGUGCAAGAUGAAGAGGAAGAAGAAGAAGAGGAAAGUUACCCAGCAUUCCAAGCACAAUCCCACGAACCCUUGCGGCAAGAUGAAGAUGAGGACGAGCCUAUGCAAAGCGACGAGCAACUAGAGCCAGAAGAACCCCCGAUGACCCCCAAUCGCUGGCGGAAAAACGCAGAGUACCAGCACCACAGCUCGCACAGCUCGGAAGAGGACGUGACGGCGUUUCGCAGCAAGCGGGCCAGCGACGAGUUUCUCUCUGACGGCGACGUCUUCGAAGGAUCUUCCUCUUCUCCCGCUGUAGAAGCAAAAUCUACCUCAUUCCAUGAUGGGUUCGCACCCCAGGAUAGAAUAGAGAAGGAUGUAGGGAAUGAGCGGAUGUCAGAGUCCGAGGUGACCACAGAAGGUGAGGACGAGAGUGAGAAUGAAUUUCCCGUGGAUUACUGGGCGCAGGCCGAGAUGCCAGGAAUCUCCAGCGAUGACGAAGACAUGAGCAUCACGGGAAGAGUGCCAAAGGUCAAGUUCAGCAAGAAACCCAUCAAGGUUUUCACCACCUACUCUAUAGAAGAUUAUGACCGGCGGAAUGAGGAUGUGGACCCCGUGUCUGCUUCUGCCGAAUACGAGCUGGAGAAAAGGGUGGAGAAACUGGACAUCUUCCCUGUGGAACUGGAAAAGGGAGUGGAUGGCCUGGGCCUCAGUAUCAUCGGAAUGGGGGUGGGAGCAGACACAGGGCUGGAGAAAUUGGGCAUCUUUGUGAAGACCAUCACCGAGAACGGGGCUGCUCAGAGGGACGGCAGGAUUAAAGUGAAUGAUCAGAUCAUAGAAGUGGAUGGUAAGAGUUUGGUGGGAGUGACACAGGCCUAUGCUGCCCAGGUACUCAAGAACACUAAAGGCAAGGUGUACUUCCAUAUUGGUCGGGAGAAAGACGACACCACUAGCGAAGUGGCAGCACUCAUCAGCCAAUCCCUGGAGAGAGACAAGCAGAGAGCAGAGGCCCUGGCACAGGCACAGGCUCUGGCGCAGGCGAGUGCGUGGACUCAGGUCGAGGCCCAGUCGCAGACCCCGCCAUCUUGGAAUGACCUGCCCGCUGCCCCCGCAGUGUCUCCCACUAGUCCAGAAGGGACUGAGAAGGUGAUCCUGAACCUGCAGGGAGCGACUGUGACGGAGACUCAUACGGAGGACUCUGACGAUUCUCCGCAGGGUCCGAAGGUGAUCGACGUGUUUGAGCUGGACGAGAGCAGCGGCAGCAGUUCUCCUAUGGACGAUGCAGACUCCAGUCAGAUACGCCUCAAACUGAAAGAGCUUCAGUACAAGCACGCUAUUGCAGAGGCAGAACUUGCCCAGAUGAAAAUAAAGGUAAAGACUUUGGAAUUUGACAUUUUUACAGAUAUUUUGCUUCUUCAGUACAAGCACGCUAUUGCAGAGGCAGAACUUGCCCAGAUGAAAAUAAAGACCCAGACAGGAAGUAGAGGUCAAAAGGUCAACCUCCACUUCCUGUCUGAGAAAGUACACUUGUCUGAGGUUUUUGCCAACACCAGUAGAGAUUGA